AAGAAGAAGAAGAACGCAUACCUCAUAAUUUUUUGUGCAUCUAUCUUAUCAGAGAAUCUAGAGACGCGUUGAGGCAUGGCUCAGAAUCAGAUGGGUGGAGCAGAACUGAGAAUGGAGCUUGCAGAGAUUGGAAAAAGAAUGGGAUCGAGUUCCAGGAGCAGCUCUUCAAGAAAUGAGCCUGAGGAUGAGGCAGAGUAUGCUCUGCAAUGGGCUGAGAUCCAGAGACUGCCCACAUUUAAACGGCUGAGAUCGUCUCUGCUCGACGAAGAAGGCGACGAUGCUGUGGAGAAAGGGAAAAGGGUCGCUGAUGUCACCAAGCUUGGAGCCACGGAACGUCAUCUGAUGAUUGAGAAGCUGAUCAAACACAUUGAGAAUGAUAAUCUCAAGCUGCUCAAUAAAAUCAGAAGAAGAAUAGACAGGGUCGGUGUGGAGUUUCCGAGCAUAGAGGUGAGGUAUGAGCAUUUAGGAGUUGAGGUAGAGUGCGAGGUCGUUGAAGGGAAGGCACUUCCAACUUUAUGGAACUCCUUAAAGCGUGUUUUCUUAGAAUUAGUAAAGCUGAGUGGUGUAAGAACACGCCACGCAAAGAUAAACAUACUUACCGAUAUUAGCGGCAUCAUUAAGCCGGGAAGGUUAACCCUGCUGCUUGGUCCUCCUGGAUGUGGGAAAACUACUCUGCUUAAGGCUUUGUCCGGAAAUUUGGACAAAGAUCUGAAGCGUUCUGGUGAAAUCUCCUACAAUGGAUACGGACUGAACGAAAUUGUUCCUCAGAAAACAUCAGCGUAUAUAAGUCAACACGAUCUGCAUAUUGCAGAGAUGACAGUGAGGGAGACAAUAGACUUCUCAGCUCGUUGUCAAGGUGUCGGUAGCCGAACAGAUAUUAUGAUGGAGGUCACCAAAAGAGAAAAGGAUGCUGGAAUCAUUCCCGACCCAGAAGUAGAUGCCUACAUGAAGGCAAUAUCGGUUAAAGGGCUUAAAAGAAGUCUGCAAACAGAUUACAUCUUGAAGAUCCUGGGGCUUGACAUCUGUGCAGAAACAUUGAUUGGAAAUGCGAUGAGACGAGGCAUAUCCGGGGGGCAAAAGAAGCGACUUACCACAGCUGAGAUGAUCGUUGGUCCAACAAAAGCUCUGUUCAUGGAUGAAAUAACAAAUGGCUUAGACAGUUCCACGGCCUUUCAGAUUGUCAAGUCUCUUCAGCAACUGGCUCACAUUACCAAUGCAACUGUGUUUGUUUCCCUUCUCCAACCUGCUCCAGAAUCAUAUGACCUUUUCGACGAUAUUGUCCUGAUGGCUGAAGGAAAGAUUGUGUAUCACGGUCCACGCGACGAAGUCUUGAAAUUCUUCGAAGAGUGUGGAUUUCGAUGCCCAGAAAGGAAAGGUGUAGCAGACUUUCUCCAAGAGGUCCUAUCCAGAAAAGACCAAGGACAGUACUGGCUGCACCAGGAUGUACCCCAUAAAUUUGUCUCAGUAGAAACAUUGUCAAAGAGAUUCAAGGACUUAGAGAUUGGGAAGAAGAUUCAGGAAGCCCUCUCAAAGCCAUAUGAUAGAUCAAAAACCGAUAAGGAUGCUCUUUCUUUCAAUGUGUAUUCUCUGCCAAAAUGGGAGCUGUUCAGAGCAUGCAUCUCAAGAGAGUUUCUUCUCAUGAAAAGAAACUAUUUCGUCUACCUCUUCAAGACAUUCCAGCUAGUGUUGGCCGCAAUCCUCACUAUGACUGUGUUCAUUCGAACACGGAUGGGCAUAGAUAUCAUUCAUGGAAAUUCUUAUAUAAGUUGCCUCUUUUUUGCAACCGUCAUACUUUUGGUUGAUGGUUUUCCAGAGCUGACUAUGACUGUUCAACGCCUUGCCGUAUUCUACAAGCAGAAGCAAUUGCGUUUCUAUCCAGCUUGGGCUUAUGCAAUCCCUGCAACAGUGUUAAAGGUCCCUCUCUCCUUCUUUGAAUCUCUCGUCUGGACCUGCCUCACUUACUAUGUCAUCGGAUACACUCCUGAAGUCUACCGGUUUUUCCGGCAAUUCAUUAUGCUCUUCGCCGUUCACUUCACGUCGAUAUCCAUGUUCCGGUGUAUAGCUGCAAUCUUUCAGACAGGAGUUGCCUCCAUGGCAGCUGGUAGUUUUGCUAUAUUAGUCACCUUUGUAUUUGCCGGUUUCGCCAUACCAUACACUGAUAUGCCAGGGUGGCUCAAGUGGGGUUUCUGGGUAAAUCCUAUAAGUUACGCCGAGAUUGGGCUCUCUGUAAACGAAUUUCUUGCUCCACGAUGGCAGCAAAUGCAACCCACCAAUAUUACCUUGGGGAGAACCAUACUUGAAAGCCGAGGAUUAAACUAUGAUGAUUACAUGUACUGGGUUUCGUUAUGUGCUUUGCUGGGUCUCACUGUUAUCUUCAACAUCAUUUUCACUCUAGCUCUGAGUUUCUUGAAAUCUCCCACAUCAUCUCGUGCCAUGAUUUCCCAAGACAAGCUCUCUGAGCUGCAAGGUACAAAAGAUUCAUCAGUCAAGAAGAACAAGUCUAUAAAUUCUUCCCCAAUAAAGACCAAUGAGGAUUCAGGGGAAAUGGUGUUACCUUUCAAGCCCCUUACCAUAACAUUUCAAGAGUUGAACUACUACGUCGACGUCCCUGUGGAGAUGAGAGGUCAAGGAUACACUGAGAAGAAAUUGCAGCUUCUCUCAGACAUCACCGGAGCAUUUAGGCCCGGCGUUUUAACGGCGUUGAUGGGAAUCAGUGGAGCCGGAAAAACCACUCUGCUCGACGUUCUCGCAGGAAGAAAAACAAGCGGAUACAUAGAAGGAGACAUCAGAAUCAGCGGAUUCCCAAAAGUGCAGGAAACAUUCGCAAGAGUCUCAGGCUACUGCGAGCAAACGGAUAUACACUCACCAAACAUCACCGUCGAGGAAUCUCUAAUCUACUCCGCUUGGCUCCGUCUGGUUCCAGAAAUCGAUCCCAAAACCAAAAUCAGAUUCGUGAAAGAAGUGAUGGAGACGAUUGAGCUGGAGGAGAUUAAGGACGCGAUGGUGGGAGUCGCCGGAGCGAGCGGAUUGUCGACGGAGCAGAGGAAGAGGUUAACGGUGGCGGUGGAGUUGGUGGCGAAUCCGUCGAUCAUAUUCAUGGACGAACCAACGACGGGGCUGGACGCAAGAGCAGCCGCCAUUGUAAUGAGAGCUGUGAAGAACGUCGCAGAGACUGGACGAACCAUCGUCUGUACUAUUCAUCAGCCCAGCAUCGACAUUUUUGAAGCAUUCGACGAGUUGGUACUUCUAAAGAGAGGAGGUCGCAUGAUAUACACAGGACCUCUUGGAAAACAUUCGUCUCAUGUCAUUCAAUAUUUUCAGAGUAUCCCUGGAGUUGCUAAGAUUAGAGACAACUACAAUCCAGCAACAUGGAUGUUAGAGGUCACUUCACAGUCUGUGGAAACUGAGCUCGACUUGGAUUUCGCAAAAAUCUAUAGCGAAUCAGCUCUUUACAAGAGCAACUCCGAGCUUACUAAAGAGCUGAGCAAACCGGAGAUCGGGUCAAGCAAUUUGCAUUUCGAGAGAACUUUUGCACAAAACUGGUGGGAACAGUUCAAGUCUUGUUUUUGGAAGAUGAGUUUGUCUUAUUGGAGAAGUCCUUCUUACAACUUGAUGCGAAUCGCUCACACUUUAAUCUCUUCUCUGAUCUUUGGUGUACUCUUCUGGAAGCAAGGCCAAAAGAUAGAUACUCAACAGAAUUUGUUUACAGUUCUUGGAGCAAUUUAUGGUCUUGUCCUCUUCUUGGGGAUAAACAACUGCUCUUCAGCUUUGCAGUAUUUUGAGGCAGAGCGUAAUGUUAUGUACCGUGAAAGGUUUGCGGGAAUGUACUCUGCGUUUGCUUAUGCGUUGGCUCAGGUUGUGACCGAGAUUCCUUACAUAUUCAUCCAAAGCGCAGAGUUUGUGAUCGUUAUAUAUCCUAUGAUGGGACUAUACGCGUCUCCCUACAAAGUCUUUUGGUGUCUCUACGCAAUGUUCUGUAACUUACUCUGCUUAAACUACCUCGCAUUGUUCCUCAUCUCCAUCACUCCAAACUUCAUGGUUGCAGCUAUUCUCCAGUCGCUUUUCUUUGUUGUUUUCAACCUUUUUGCUGGAUUCUUGAUUCCAGGACCGCAAAUCCCAAAGUGGUGGGUCUGGCUUUACUAUCUGACCCCGACCUCUUGGACGCUCAACGGAUUUUUCUCGUCUCAGUAUGGCGAUAUUCAUGAAGAGAUCAAUGCAUUUGGAGAAUCCACGACGGUUGCGAGAUUCUUAGAUGACUAUUUUGGAUUCCAUCAUGAUUGUUUGAUGAUUACAGCCAUUGUUCUCAUCGCAUUCCCGGUUGCAUUGGCGUCUAUGUUUGCUUUCUUUGUUGCCAAACUCAACUUUCAAAAACGAUGAUCAAUCACAUACCAACCCAUUGCUUUCUUUAUACACGGUCAAAAACUUGUAUAAGCAAGACCACAGGGUACUAGGUUAUGAUAACAAUAACCUACAAUAUGUCAACAAUUAGGAAAGACAUAUCAGAUGUUUCAAUAUUACUUGCUUUUUUGUGCAAAAGUUUGCUUCAUUUUCAAGUUUUUGUAGGUAUCAAGCUCCUGAAGAUGGAAACCUUGUGAAAAUCAGGUUAGAUCGACUUCAUCAUGAAAAUAAUUAUUCAUUAGAAGACUAGAAGUAUAGAAUAUGGAUGAUUAAUGUAAUUUUCAAAAUGCGUA